AUGCAUAAAUUCCCAAGUGUAUUAACCACAACGUUUAGAACAGACUCUUGCCCUUAUUAUGUGACACAAAGUCACUACAUCACAGCUCCUUUGUCUACAGAAGAAGCCACAUUCCCUUUGGCAUAUAUAAUGAUGGUCAGUCAGGAUUUUGAUACAUUUGAACGGCUCUUCCGAGCCAUUUAUAUGCCUCAAAAUGUCUACUGUAUUCACAUAGAUAAAAAGGCCACAAAUGUAUUUAAACUUGCUGUGGGACAAUUAUUGGAAUGCUUCCCAAAUACUUUUCUAGCCUCAAAGUCUGAGUUCAUUACUUAUGGGGGAAUAUCCAGACUUCAGGCUGACCUGAACUGCAUGCGAGAUCUUCUAGCUUCAAGCGUGCCAUGGAGAUACCUCAUUAACACAUGCGAUCACGAUUUCCCACUAAAAACCAAUAAGGAGAUAGUUCAGUAUUUGAAAACACUGAAUGGGAAAAACAUCACCCCUUACUUAGCAUCCAUUGUGAAAUCUGCUGAAAGGAUCAAAUAUGUCCAUAUAGAGCGCAGAAUCGGAAAACACUCUUUUAUCCUAAAGAGACGUAAAAGGAAGAACCCACCUCCCAAUAAGCUUAAAAUCCACUUUGGUUCAACGUAUGUUGCCCUUACAAGGGAUUUUGUCCAUUUUGCUCUUUUUAAUAAAAUAGCCAUUGACUUACUCCAGUGGUCCCAAGAUACCUACAGUCCUGAUGAGCAUUUCUGGAUUACACGGAACAAGAUUCCAGGUGUCCCUGGAUCCAUGGCCCCAGGAAUCUCAGACAUGAGUCUUAGAGCUGUGAAGUGGAUUUUCCAGGAAAAUAUUCAUCAAGGCUGCAAUGGCCACUAUUGGAGAAAUAUGUGCGUCUAUGGACCUGGUGACUUAAAGUGGCUCUAUACAUCUUCAAGCAUGUUUGUUAACAAAUUGGAGUUGGGGACAUACCCACUUACUCUGGAAUGCCUAGAAAUGAGGCUUCGAGAGAGAGCCCUAAACCAGAGUGAAAUCCCAGUGGAACCAGACUGGCAUUUACUCCCAAAUCACAAGCUAUAUUGA